AAAUAGUAGUAAUUCCAAGCCAAAAAUAGGUGAAUAUCUUUAUUACCAUCUUAUCUCCAACUAACUAACUUAUUAACUCUUUCAUUACUACAAGGAAUUUUUUUUCAAAGUUACUUUUCCCACCAUGAAAACUUGACAUUAGUCUUCAAAAAACUUAAGAACAUGCAGAAAAAUCCAAUGCUAAAACCUCCCUCGUCUUGACACGAAUUCGUAUCUGAUAAUAGUUCUCUCAAGUUUUCUAGUAUAAAAGCUCGGACCUACCAUAUCGAUUUCUAUGUUCAAUCAAAGUCAUAUAUUGUGAAGAAAUGUUAAUACAUUAGAGCUCACCUCUAUGACUAUUAACUUUCAUACAAUGAAAAACUCAUUGACUAUGUUUAACAAGCAUUUUCGUGUUUUUCUAUUUUUUCUUGUGUUGUUUUUCUCUGUUGUUGGAGCGCAAGAGCUUCUUUUAAAUGGAGAUGUUUCAAAGAAUUCGCAAGUAGGUAGAACAUCUGUUCGAGUGUAUACUAAGCCUGCAUAUGUAUACACACCUAAAGAACCUUUAUUGUCUAUCUACGAGACUUCUUCAAGUCCACAGAGAAAACCUCCUGAGGUACCUAAAUAUCCUUAUCAAACAUAUAGGCCCUUUCAGAAAGUGUCUUAUGAAAAGCAUCAUCAACCAAAGGUCUAUAGGACAUCACUGUUGAAACAUCUACCAAGUUCAGCGUAUGACCAACCUCCUCCUGCAUCUCCACCACCUGUUCAAACACCUCCUACUUACCCACCUCCAUCAAGCCCACCACCUACUCCCGUUUAUAAAUCUCCACCAAGUUCACCGCCUCCACCUCCACCAAGUCCACCGCCACCUCCACCAAGUCCACCGCCUUCUCCACCAAGUCCACCCCCGCCUCCUCCUGUUUAUAAACCUCCACCAAGUUCACCGCCUCCACCUCCACCAAGUCCAUCACCGCAUCCUCCUGUUUAUAAACCUCCACCAAGUUCACCGCCUCCACCUCCACUAAGUCCACCCCCGCCUCCUCCUAUAUACAAACCUCCACCAAGUUCACCGCCUCCACCUCCACCAAGUCCACCCCCGCCUCCUCCUGUAUACAAACCUCCACCAAGUUCACCGCCUCCACCUCCACCAAGUCCACCCCCGCCUCCUCCUAUAUACAAACCUCCACCAAGUCCACCGCCUCCACCUCCACCAAGUCCACCCCCACCUCCUCCUGUAUACCAACCUCCACCAACUCCACCGCCUCCACCUCCACCAAGUCCACCUCCGCCUCCUCCUAUACACCAACCUUCACCAAGUCCACCCCUGCCUCCUCCUGCAUAA